AUGACGGAUGUUUGGAAAUCAAACGCCAGAAAAUUCUGCGAGUUAUGUAAGGUAUGGUUUGCGGACAAUCGAGUUAGUAUAGAGCAUCAUGAGGGAGGACAAAAGCACAAAGCUGCUAUCCAAGCUAAAUUACGAGAGCUUGGUAAACAAUGCAAACAAAAAGAAAAAGAGCAAAGUGAUCUACAAGCUACCUUAGCGAUGAUGGAAUCCGCGGCGAGCAAAAGUAUGAGAAUUGCUGAUUCAUGCCCCUCGGCGGGAAUAGUUGGUCCAUCGCCGAAACCGAAAAAAUACAUGGAUCCACGAGCACAUGGUGCUUCGAUCGCUGAAAUGGCUCGUCAGAUGGCGCAACGAAAGAAAGAGCAGGAAUUGGAGCAAAGGAAAACAGAACAUAAAUCAGAAAAUGAGAAGUGUGAUCCGGAAAGUGAAACUGUUUGGGUUGAAGCUAAGGCGGAGAAUGGUGCUCUGUAUUAUUUUCAUAUGUACAGCGGGGUAACCGUUUGGGAGAAACCCCAAAAUUACUACACAGCAGAACAGUACACCAUGAAACUAGCUGUGACGGGGAAUAACAGUGAUACAAUGGCUAAAAAUCAAGUUACUGAACCAAUUAAAUUAAAAUCGGAUAUGCAAGACCCUAGUACAUGUGAAUCAACCGCUAUAAAUGAGGCGCGAGGGAAUUCGUCUGAAGAGUCACAAAUAAUCAUGAAGUUUGAUCCCGAAAUGGACGCUACAAAUUUCGAUGUCAAUGAAUGUGAUAUUCCUUUACCUCCACCUCUUGAGAAUUCAAAGCAAGAGAAACUGACAUUGAACUUGGCGAUGAAAGAAGAGCAGUUAGAAGAGAGCAAUUGUAAUCGAAUUAUUCAGGAUGACUAUUUCAAUGCCAGUGGAGAGAAUAUUGAUGUCAAAAAUGAAACGGGGGAAAGAGUUAAUGCUGUAAAGCAAAAGGAGUCACUGCGAUCCGGUCCAUACGGGCCAUGGGUACCAGUAGAGAAUGUUCCUGAAAAACCGAAAGUAGACUGGGAAAUAUCUACUGAAGAGCAAAGGCGAAAACGAGCUAGUGAAUCGUUGGCACCAGAAGACCUCAUUACAUUUGGUGAUAAGAGUGCAGCGAUAAAACGAAAGAACAUAAAUGGACCGAUUGAAUUUAGGAAAAGGAAAACAACGAUUAAGACUAGACAACCUAUUGACGAUCAAUAA